AUGAAAUUCUUAACUACUAACUUUGUGAAAUGUCCUAUUAAAGGCUGUCAAUCCUCAUUAGAUGCUUUUCCUUUAAAAUAUGAAGAAUGUCAAUUAGCUCAAGAAGAACAAGAAUAUAAUCCUGAAUUCUUAUGUCAUAUGUUAGAAAGAUUAGAUUGGAAUGCUAUAUUAAAAGUUGCCCAUGAUUUAGGUAAUGAUAGUUUACCACCAACCAAACCAGAAGAUUUAGAUCCUAUAAUGGAAGAUGAUCAAGCUAUCUUAAAGGAUUUACAUACUUUAUUAUUGGAAACUCAAGUAGUUGAUGGUAAAAUGGUUUGUAAGAAUUGUCAACAUAUUUAUUAUAUUAAGAAUUCUAUACCUAAUUUCUUAUUACCACCUCAUUUAUGUUAG